CUUUUGAUCAUCUCCUUCAUUCGUCAUUCGUGACCUGAGGUUUAGUAGUAAAUCGCUAUAAAAUAUUCGAUUAAAUCUGUAGCUGUUAUUGUUGCAUUUAUUUCUCAGCUUGAGUUCUCUUUCUAAUCUUCGUCCAAUCUCGAUAGCGCAACUGGUCGUCGUUCUUAUCAGGGGCCAACAUUAGUGGACAAAGAAUUUAAAUAAAAACCGCAAUGACCGUCUCGCUACGAUUUGGAACGGCACUCCAUCUGCCGGUUAGGACAUUUGCGACGAGCUCUGUGCUGGCACGAGAUGGUUCUUCGGAAUCUUGGCUCAGCAAACUGCUGGUUCGAAAAAUUGAACCGACAAAAGAGUCCCACAGCAGGAUGUUGAGUGACAAGGAGAUCAUUUACGAAUUGCACACGCACAACAUCCGACCGGAUUCGGUGAAGCAGUAUCUGGAUAACUACAAGAAAUCGGUGGAAAUUGUAUCGUCCAAGAAGCACCUAACAAUCGAGCUGAUUGGUUCCUGGAGUGUCGAUGUUGGUGAUUUGGAUCAAUGUUUACAUUUGUGGCGCUAUACUGGCGGGUUUGAAAUGGUUGAUCAGGGCAAGAAAACUCUCUACAAUGAUCCGGACUACGUUAAGUUAACUCAGGAGAGAGGAACAUACUUACGCUCACGUCAUCUGCAGUAUCUACUUGCAUUCAGCUAUUGGCCUCAGCUAGCACUGAGAAAGGAUAAAAAUAUUUACGAAAUUCGCUCGUAUCGUUUGAAGCCCGGUACCAUGAUCGAAUGGGGUAAUAAUUGGGCUCGGGCGAUCAACUACCGCCAGAAUAACGAUGAAGCUUUUGCGGGAUUCUUCUCACAGAUCGGUCGUUUAUACAACGUGCAUCAUAUCUGGUGUUACAAAGAUCUACUUUCGCGCAAAGAAACGCGGGAAUCGGCUUGGAGAUCACCAGGAUGGGAUGAGUGUGUUGCUUACACUGUUCCGCUGAUUCGCGAAAUGCACUGCCGCAUAUUGACUCCGACGGAGUUCUCCCCUACCAAGUAAAGUGGCAUGGUGUGUAAACUCAUUUUCGAUGCGUGAGGGGUUCAAUGCUGCAGUAAGGAGUGUGCCAGUUUUCUACCUUUGUAAUCGGAUUGUUGUGAGUUGUUACAUGUAAAAGUUCAUCAUUCAAUUUAACGCAUUUAUGUUUUGCUGGUUGGCCAAGUUGGCAAGAUUAUGCAUUUGGGAAAUAGUGGGAACGUAAGAAAUAUAUAUCACAACUUAGUUGUUAUGCCUAAAUGAUUGUUCUUUAGUUGAUAUUUGUUUCAAUGCUAAUAAAAGUAUAUAAAUGUCUAGAAUA